GAGGUGGGAAAUGGGAAAAGGAUUCAGCAACUACUACUACCCCAAAGCAUUGCAUUGUGCAGCAAGGCAAAGUAAGAAAACUGUGGCGUUCUAUUCCUUGUUUCCUGGGGUCAUCUCAUCUCUUUCGGCUUCUCUGUAACUGUAACCUAACACUACCACAGUUAAAACUUUGCUCAAAAGCGAAGAAUAAUAGUGAAUCCUGCUGCUUAGCCUCAAAUAUUGGAUUGCGUUGAAUAACAACCACAUCAACAAUCGUGGGAAGAAGAAGAAGGGUUAGAAGUAGAACAACAUUAUGGGCAUACUGUACGACGACGUUGUAAUAAUCCGGCCGCCGGAGAAGGAAGGUGAUCCAAGCGUGAUUACUGUUAAUUGUCCUGAUAAGACGGGUCUGGGAUGUGAUUUGUGUCGCAUCAUACUCUGCUUCGGUUUGAGCAUUGUCAAAGGAGACGUAUCAACAGAUGGAAAAUGGUGUUACGUGGUUUUCUGGGUGAUUGGGAAACCCAAGACGAGGUGGAGCUUGUUAAAGAAGAGGCUAAUUGAGGUGUGCCCGUCUUGUUCUUCUGCGUCUGGAAUCUCUUAUUACCGCUCUGACUUGCAGCUUCCCAGGCCUCCUGAUGUGUUCCUUUUGAAGUUUUGUUGCCAUGAUCGUAAAGGCCUUUUACAUGAUGUCACUGAGGUUCUUUGUGAGCAAGAGCUUAUCAUCAAGAAAGUGAAGGUGUCUACAACACCUGAUGGAAAAGUGAUGGAUCUGUUUUUCAUCACUGACGCCAGGGAGCUUCUACAUACAAAGAAGAGGAGGGAUGACACUAUGGAACACCUGACAGCUAUAUUAGGGGAUGCCAUAAUCACUAUUGAUAUUGAAUUAGUUGGCCCAGAAAUUACUGCAUGUUCCCAAGCAUCUUCUUUCCUUCCAACUGCAAUCACGGAAGACGCCUUUGAUUUGGAAUUGUCUGAUUCAGUUCGGAGUGGAAUUCUCUCUUCAGAUAAGGUUUCUAUUACAAUGGAUAAUUUGCUGAGUCCAGCUCAUACGCUUGUCCAAAUUAUGUGUCAAGACCACAAAGGUCUUCUUUAUGACAUCAUGAGAACUCUGAAGGACUACAAUAUUCAGAUUUCUUAUGGGCGCUUCUCUAAAAAACCUAGAGGAAAAUGUGAGAUUGACUUGUUCAUCAUGCAAGCAGAUGGGAAAAAGAUUGUUGAUCAAAGUAAACAGAACUCAUUGGCAUCUCGCCUCAGGAUGGAAUUACUUCGUCCUCUCAGAGUAGCUGCCGUGAGCAAGGGCCCUGAUACUGAGCUUCUCGUGGCAAACCCUGUGGAGUUAUCAGGCAAAGGACGACCCCUUGUUUUUUACGAUAUCACUCUUGCUCUCAAAAUGCUAGACACUUGCAUCUUUCUGGCUGAAAUUAGAAGGCACAUGAUUGGGGACAGAGAGUGGGAAGUGUAUAGAAUCUUGGUGGAUGAGGGGGAGGGAAUGCGUGUUGCAAGGAGCGACAUUGAGGAAGGAGUUUGGAGAAUGUUGAUGGGCUGGGACUGACAUGAUUCCUGGUGGUGGCUGGGUGGCUGACUAUGGAGCCUAUUGGAUAGCCCUAUGCCUCUCUGUACAGUGUAACUUUGUCUGGUCUUUAGAUGUAAUUGUGAGAUGUAUGCUAUGAAAACGGUUGUGUUGGCCAAUGUUGUACUUUAGAGCUGGAGUAAUCCUAACUCGGUGUAUAUAGAAAGAGAAGGCGUCGACGAGGAGUUGAUGCAUAUGGAAGGAGAGUGAGAACAUUUGCACGAGCGAGUAGAUGAAGAUGAAAUAUUGUACAAGUCAUAAUCAUAUUUGAUAUUUCCAUGGCAUGCCCUCUAUGAAGAUAAGAGCUUCAUGGAAAAACUGGGGAUUCCGAUAUCCCCAGCCUGUAUGUUCUGCAUGGGUUGUUGGUGGUUUUAUGUAGAAUUUAACUGGAUAGAUGUCUUGUUCCCUACACGGACAGCAAGGAGUGCAGGAGUAGCUUUCAGAAACAACUUCAUUUCUAUCCUUAAUGCCAUGGAUUGUGAUUACUUGUCCUAACGUCAAUCAUUAUAUAUAUGGUGAAAAUUGACAGGGA